AUGUCCGAAAUGAUAGAAAUCAAGACACAUCCGUCGAGUAUACAGGAACCAAGUGCCAACAGCCAAAGAAACGACAAGCAAGCUGUAGAGAAAGUAUCGAAGUCUUCUGCCAGUGAAAUUCAAGAUGUUCCCAACGGGGGCCUGAAAGCCUGGCUGCAAGUGCUCGGAACUUUCUUCAUAUUCUUCAACACCUGGGGAAUACUGAACACAUUCGGGGCUUAUCAGACGUACUACGAAACAGGGCAAUUGUAUACCACAUCGUCGUCCAACAUCUCCUGGAUAGGCUCCGUUCAAUCCUCCUUGCUUUUGAUCCUCGGGCUUGUGACUGGACCGCUAUACGAUGCUGGAUAUUUCCACGCGCUUUUAUACAGCGGGUCCUUUAUGAUUCUUCUGGGGCAGAUGAUGACCAGUCUUUGUCAUGAGUAUUACCAAGCGCUCCUUGCGCAGGGCUUUUGCAUCGGCAUCGGGGUGGGACUUAUCUUCAUCCCUAGUGUUGCAAUUCUGUCUACCUACUUCGGCUCCAAAUUAGCUCUUGCGAAUGGCAUAGCCGCAGCUGGAAGUGGUCUGGGGGGGAUAUUGUACCCUAUCAUCUUCCACAGACUAUGCGACAAAAUUGGAUUUGGCUGGACUGUCCGAGCAAUUGGGCUUGUCAUAUUCGUGACUCAACUUAUCCCACUCGCACUCUUUAGAGUCCGAGUCAUACCUUCUAGCAAGAGGAAGCCAAUGGACCUUCUUGCUUUCAAAGAGCCAGCCUAUACCUUUUUUGUUCUCGGAGGCUUACUUACUUUCACUUCUUUGAAUAUACCCUUCUUCUACAUCCAGUCUUAUGCCAUUUACGAGGGGAUAUCCGCUGAUAAAAUGGGAUUCUAUCUUCUUUCUAUCAUUACCACCGGCUCAGUCUUUGGCCGAAUUUUCCCCAACUUCUUUGCCAAUCAUAUCGGCCCCUUUAACAUCAUUUCUUUGUGUACCAUUAUAUGUGGCGCUUUGAUGUUUGCCCUGGUGAACUUAUCCAGUCUGGCGGGCAUGGUGGUUGUCUCGUUGCUGUACGGCUUUUUCUCGGGGGCUUUUGUUUCAUUGCCCCCAACCUGUUUUGUGCAACUUUCCCCAGAUCGAAGUCUUAUCGGAACAAGAAUGGGCAUGGGAUAUGCAGUCAUGACGAUAGGCAACUUGAUUGGCACGCCUGUAGCAGGUGCUAUCCUGCAAAAUGAAGGGUUCAACCCAAUGUGGAUCUUUGGGGGAGUUAUGUCGAUUGCAGGAGGGUUAAUUAUGAUGGCCAGUCGGAACAUUCAAGGGCAAUGGAAGUCACUUGCUAGGGUGUAA